AUGGGAUUCAGCUUGUCUGUGUUGGGAAAGUUCUUCAAAUUUGGUUAUGAACCAGAUGCUACCACCCUCAACACUCUUAUCAAGGGUUUUUUCCUUGAGAGUAAAGUCUCUGAGGCAGCAGCACUUUUCGGCAAAAUGCUGCUUCAAGGUUGUAAGCCGAAUGAGUUUACUUUUGGAACGCUGAUAAAGGGCUAUUGCAUGAUGGGAAAUAAUACUGCAGCUAUUCAAUUGCUUAGAAAGAUGGAACAACAAUCUCGAGAUUGUAAGCCUAAUGUGGUUGUCUAUAAUAUCAUCAUUGAUAGUCUUUGUAAGGACACACUACUUCCUGAUGCAUUUAAGCUCUUCUCAGAAAUGAUUAGUAGGGGUAUUGCCCCUGAUGUCAUUACUUAUACCUCUUUGAUUCAUGGAGUUUGCAAAUUAGGCCAGUGGAAAGAAGGUACGAGAUUGUUGAAUGAGAUGGUCAGUAAAGAUAUCUUCCCAAAUUUAGUAACCUACAAUAUCCUGGUCGAUACACUUUGUAAGGAGGGGAUGGUUGUGGGAGCACAAAGUGUGCUUGAAAUGAUGAUUCAAAGAGGUAUCAAACCUGAUACAGUCACCUACAGUUCACUUAUGGAUGGCUACUGUCUACGAGGAGAAAUGGAAAAAGCUAAAGAGGUUUUUGAUCUUAUGAUUAGCAAAGGCUCCGGUGUUAAUGUUCAUAGUUAUAACAUACUGAUGAAUGGAUAUUGUAAGCAAAAACAGAUAGAUGAUGCCACCAGGGUUUUUCAGGAAAUGUCUGAUAGUGGACUGCUUCCAAAUACCAUUACAUAUACUGCUCUUAUGGAUGGUCUUUGCAAAGUAGGAAGAAUACAAGAUGCACAGAAAUUGUUCAGUAAGAUGCAAGCUUGUGGCCAACUUCCAAAUAUUCAAACUUAUGCUGUUUUACUGGAUGGCCUGUGUAAAAACCAACAACUUGCAAUGGCAUUGGAGUUGUUUAGAGAGAUGGAAUGCAUGAAGCUGGAUUUGGAUUUAGUAAUUUACGAUAUUCUUAUUGAAGGUUUGUGUAUAGCUGGAAAAAUUGCAUCUGCAAGGGACCAUUUUUAUGGUUUAUCAUCAAAAGGACUUGAACCUGAUGCAAGGACGUACACUAUAAUGAUCAAGGGACUUUGUGACUGA